AUGCGUAAAACAUCGACUGGUUCGACUCCUGUUCGAGGGGCUAAAACUACUAGGCCAACGUCUUCUGCUACCUCACAAAACACUUCUACUUCAUCCACUACUUCAUCAUCUUUACAAUCAAAUAGAAGUAGUUCAAAAAGUCCAUCAUCUGUCAAAAGAUCAGGUGCAUCUGUCUCUCAAAAUACUUUAUCUCCAAAAAAUACAUCUCCACAACGUUCAAGAUCUCCGUCGCCUUCAUCCGUAACAACUUCAAAACCUAUUCGAGCAACUGCUUCGUCUUCUAUUAAAGAUGCAAUUGCCCAAGCUAGGUUAAAAAAAGCAAACAACAAAGCUUCCGCAAAGGAAGAAGAACAAGAAAUUGGUACCAAAAGUUUAAAUGUAAUGGUUAAGCAGGCAAAAUCUUCAGGUCGCUUAAACAUCUCACAUCGAUCUCUUAAAGCAAUUCCGGAAGAAGUAUGGAGAAUGUAUGAAAUUGAUCCAAAAAGUAUUACUAUUGAUUUUAGCGGUGGAGGUUCAGAUGUGUGGUAUGAAACAGUUGACCUUGUAAGAUUGGUAGCAGCAGAUAAUCAGAUCGAAGUAAUUGAUAAACGAAUCGCAGAAUUUAAUGCGCUCGUUUUCAUCGAUCUUCAUAACAAUAAUUUGUCGUCUCUUCCGAAAGAGUUUGGUGAACUGCAAAAUCUUACCACACUUAAUCUAUCAAGUAAUCAUUUUAGCGAACUUCCUGCUUGUUUGACUACAUUAUCUUCUCUCGUCGAGCUGCAACUUUCUUCAAACAAAUUAACCGGUGUUUUAGACUCUUCCUUUGGUAAUCUGACUAAAUUAGAAUUACUUGAUAUUUCAUCAAAUGAAAUCACUGGACUGCCAAAGGAGAUCGAAAAUUUAAAAAAUCUUCGAAAAUUAAGUCUUGCAAAGAAUAAAUUAAAAGAAAUACCUGGUAUGGCAAUAAGUGGAAUGAGGAAUUUGGAAGAACUUGAGAUUAGUGAAAAUAAAUUACAAAUAGUUUUUACUGGGUUGGACGGUCAGACGGUCGAAUUACUUUCAUUGAAAAGAUUAGAUAUUCGUCAAAAUCGAUUAAUAGCUUUGGAUGAAUCUCAUAAUGCUACCAUUUUUCAUCCAGCAAUAAAACUUCCUAAACUUAAAGAGUUUCUUGCUUCACUUAAUCUGUUUGAAACUUUUGGUCCUCUACUUCACACAACACCUGAUCUUGAGAUUCUUGAUAUUGGGGACAAUAAAUUUCACGAACUUCCUGAAGGUUUAAUAACUUUGAAGAGUCUAAAGCGUUUAGAUUUACGCAAUAAUGACCUUAAAGUUUUGCCAGCCGAGUUAGGUAUGCUGACAGCUCUAGACUUUUUGGGCUGGGAAGGUAAUCCUAUAAGAAAUGCACCAAAAGGUACCAAAUCUACGGCUGCGGUGUUAAAAUCAUUAAGAGAUAGGUUGACAACUGUCGACAAAACUUCCACAAUGGGAACUGUAAGCCAGCAGAAUAUUUCAUCAAAGACAUUAGAUCUUUCCAAGAAAUCAUUAACUACAGUUUCUGAGGAAGAUUUACAAGAAAUUGCGUUUGAACCAUCAACUGUAUUACUUGGAUUUAAUCUACUUCAGACUAUCCCCAUUAGCUUCAAAUUAUUUAGAACCAGCAUUACAUGUUUUCAGUUGGAUCACAACAAGUUUACCGCAUUUCCGACAUUUGAAGAUAAAUCUAUAGUUUUUCCGAACGUGAACAGGCUGGACCUGUCAGCAAAUCAGCUCACCUCUUUACCAGAUGACUCACAACAAACACCGUUUCCAAAUUUACAAGUACUUAACGUUAACAAUUGUCGAAUUGAAAAUUUACCAGCCAAAUUCCCAUUUCCUAAGCUGACAACUUUUCUUGCCACAUCGAAUUUACUUACAUCUAUUACUCCAUCGACAUUUGAAAAUAUGGAAGUGGUUGAUAUUUCCAACAACAACAUCAAUUUUUUACCUCCCCUGUUAGGUGAUAUUACAACUAUCAAGACAUUACUUGUUGAGGGUAAUUCAUUUAGAGUUCCAAGGUACACAAUAGUACAACAAG